UGUUGUGAACAGAUCUCUCCAAUCAGAUCCAAAUAUGAAACAACGAACACAUUUCUCAACUCUCUUUCAAAAACACAAACCACACUGCCCAGUCCCAACCUCUGUGUUUGAGAUUACAGCAUUUUUGUGCUGUUCAUUGAAUUUUCACCGUCGUUUGUGUUGAACCAAGGCUGCAAUUUCAACUUAAAUCAAAAACGAAACAGUGGGGUUGAAUUUGAGAUGAAACCCACAAAUUACGUGAGAUUGAGCGGCAGAUACGUAUCCAUUACUCUGCUGAUUCUUGGGUUUGCCACCAUUUUUCUUUGGGCUCGCCAGAAGAAUCUCUUUGACCACCUUACCUUUCUCUCUUCAGACUUUUUCGUUGCCUCCCUAAAAGAUUCGCUUUCUUCUGUGUCUUCGAAUUCAAAGGAGAAUGUUAAAGGAAAAGCAUCUCAUUCUGUAACUUCAAAAGAAAUGGAAAGCCCAAAGAGAAGCUCUAGUGAGUCACCAAAGAAUUUUACUUCCUCAGUAGCACUUGAAAGGGAAGAUACUGAUGGAGAUAGGAUGUCUUCUGCCGAGAUGAAAGCCUGCAAUUAUGCCAAGGGUAGAUGGGUGCCAGAUAGUAAGCGACCAUUGUACUCUGGUUUUGGAUGUAAACAAUGGUUGUCAGAAAUGUGGGCAUGUAGACUGACUCAACGAACUGAUUUUUCCUUUGAGGGGUAUAGGUGGGAGCCUGAGAAUUGCAAAAUGGCAGAGUUUGAAUCGACUCAAUUCCUAAAAAGGAUGCGGGAUAAAACAAUUGCAUUUAUAGGAGAUUCGUUGGGCAGGCAACAAUUUCAAUCUUUGAUGUGCAUGGCUACUGGUGGGGAAUGGAGGUUAGAUGUUGAGAAUGUGGGGGCAGAAUAUGGUCUUGUGAAGGCGCGUGGAGCUGUUCGUCCUGAUGGGUGGGCAUACCGGUUCUCAAACACCAAUACUACCAUUUUAUACUACUGGUCAGCAAGCCUUGCAGACCUUGAGCCCUUGAACAGCACCAAUCCAACCACUGAUGUUGCAAUGCAUUUAGACCGCGCACCAGCUUUCUUGAGACGAUUCCUCCAUCGGUUUGAUGUGUUGGUUCUCAACACAGGACAUCAUUGGAAUAGAGGGAAGAUUAAUGCAAACCGUUGGGUGAUGUAUGUAGAUGGGAAGCCCCUCCAAGAUCAAAAACUUGCAGAAAUUUGGAACGCCAAGAAUUUUACUAUACAUAGUAUUGUCACUUGGCUGGACGCACAACUUGCUUCUCAUCCCCGACUAGUAGCUAUCUUUAGGACCAUCUCACCAAGGCAUUUCCGUAACGGAGACUGGAAUAGUGGAGGUAACUGUGAUAAUACUACUCCAUUGACAGGAGGAACCGGAGUUUCACAAAACGAAUCAAGUGAUGCAGUUGUGUGGAGUGCUGUCAAGGGGACAAAAGUAAAACUGUUAGAUGUUACUGCUUUGUCUGAGCUAAGGGAUGAGGCUCACAUGUCACGGUACAGUGUUAAGGCGACAAAGGGUGCCAAUGAUUGCUUGCACUGGUGUUUACCCGGUAUCCCAGACACUUGGAAUGAACUCCUUGCUGCUCAUAUAUAGAUUGUUUAGGCUGCAUCAAUUGUGACUCGACUACAGAAACCAAACUCCAUAAUUAUUUUUGAUUUUAUCAAAUGGAGAUACCAUUUUCUCAUAAUUUAUUUGAGGAUCUACCACUCCAAUAGCUGGGAGAAGCUUAAGGAUGUCAUUUCUUUAUCCUAAGCACUUAGAUUAACAGUAGAAACAAAAUUAUAAGGAUGUAUGUAAUUCAGUAUAGCCAUUGAUUUAAGGAAGUAUUUAUACAA